AUGUUGCCGCCCCGCUCCCUCCCUCUGUCUAUUCUCUCGCUCCUCCUGGUUGUUGCCGAGGCGGGCCUGUGCGUUGCUGAGACCCCCCAGCUGCACGGUGGUUUCCGUGGUUGCGCGGUGCGGGAUUUUUCCUUCAUGGCCCAGAAGCCGGGAUGCAGGAACCUCCGCAUCGACACCGAGGCCUGCUGGGGCCGCUGUCAUACCUGGGAGAAGCCGCUCCCAGAGCCCCCCUACGUCCAGCGGCAUCACCGUGUGUGUUCCUACGGUCGUACUCGCUACCUGAUGGUCCGUCUGCCAGGCUGCCAGCCCCACGUCUCCCCGCUCUACCCCUACCCCCUCGCCCUGCAGUGCCACUGCACCGUCUGUUCCACACAGGAUACGGAGUGUGAGACGUUCUGA